AUGUCAGACAUGUGUGCAGUGUACAAAGUUUCCUCCUCUGUGAAGGUGAAGCAGAUGGAGGCAGAGCUGUGGAGUCACCUCUCUGCACUCAAGGCAGAGAUUGAAGAGAAUAGAGGAGCAGGAUCUUCUAAUGCCUACAGUUCUGUACUACCUCCUAAAGAUAUUUCCUUCUUUCGUGUGGAGAGGGAGCAUGCACUGAGGAGAGGGCUUCAGGUGGCUGACAUUUUGCCGACUCGGUCUCAGGCUGAUAUCAUGCAGCGAGAGCUGGAGAGCUGCUUGAGUUCGGAGUACACUCCUGACAGUCUGCCUCUUCUGCUGCACCAGGAUCAGGUGUCCUACAUGACCCGUGAGUAUCAGGAUGCCGUUCAGAGAGCUCGCAGACUGUCAGCAAGCAGAGAGAAGAUGCUGACCGGCCGAGGAAACCCCGUCAGCCUGCUCACUCAGGACGAUGUCGUCAUUUAUCUGCAGUGGCUUGUCUGCCACCUGCACUCUGUUCAGCCCAUCCACCACUUUCUCAGGGUGCUCCACUAUGUACCUAUGUGUGAAAGAAAAGAUGAAGCACCAGGAAAGGAUUGUGGGGAAAUUUUGCAUGAAAGGCAACAGGCUGAUGUUCACCUGGAGCAGUUCAUGCCCGAGCUGGAGUCCCUGCUCGCCUACUUCUGCCUGCCGUAUGACACAGGAAAUCUGAAAACCACUGCAGAUGAGAUGGAGCUAUUCAGCAUGGUGUGGAGGGAGUUUAAAACAAUCUUCCGACAACAAGAGCAGAUGAAAACGUUUCCUCCUUACGACGGUAUGGACGUCAGAGAGAGUCAGUGGGGGAGGAAGAGUGCAAACAUGGCUGUGUGCAAGGAGGCUAACUGGAUUCCUUUCAUCCAGGUGAAACCCAGGCGAGAUCCGUGGCAGCAGAAGCUCUUCACAAAGCUCAAGGAAAAGAAUUCAGUUGAUGAGCUGCUCCAGAUGCAGUGCAAGUUUCUUCAGGUCCGCAAUUUGCUCCACGUGGCUGCAGCUCUCAAAGAACAUGCUGCACAAGUUGGCGACUCACAAUCCACAUCGUUCAUCUCAAGCAGCCGCAAGACAAAAAAACAAAUGAUCUCUGAGAUUUGGAAAAAUGUUUACAACGCUGCCAAUCUCAUUCAGUCACUCAUCCGCAUCCAGAGGGAGCAGAGGCAGCAACAAAGAGAUUUCAAAGAGUCAGACUUCAAGCUUUUACCAUGA